CUACCUGCACCACCAUCACAUCUACUUAAUAAUUCAUGUUUGCAGACCAUGUUAUAUAUACUAAAAGACUUUAUAGCAGUCAACACACCUUUCAAUACUGACUGUUUAAACAAUAUUCUUCAAUUUUAUCCAAACACAUCUCUUGUUUUCUCAGUUAUUCAUGGUCUCCAUGAUAGGUUUUGGCCUCUUGAUCUCAGUGAAUGA